AUGAGGUUGCAAGCUUAUAAGUCUUCUAGAUCUUACAAGCACAAAGCUAAGCUAUACAAUGACAAGAAAAUUCUGAACAGGAACUUCCAACCUGGCCAACAAGUAUUGCUGUUCAAUUCCAGGUUGAAGCUUUUCCCUGGGAAACUCAAAUCUAAGUGGUCAGGCCCUUUUUCAAUCAAGUCAGUCAAAUCAUAUGGGGCUAUUGAACUUGAAGACCCUGCCUCUGGAAGGACUUGGUUAGUCAAUGGUCAAAGGCUCAAGCACUAUCUGGGUGGUGACGUUGAAAGACUCACUACCAUUACUCAAUUGAAGGAGCCAUGA